AUGGCUCAACCUUGGUUCGAUAUCGACAACGUCAUCGAUCCCAUAGGGGAAAUCUAUUCAUCAGCGCCUCUAACGAUAACAUCUCCGCCGGCGCCAUCCAUCCAAAACCGUGAAGAAAGUCCUUGGGAGCCUGCACCUUCGGCCCUGCUGACCCAUUUGCCAUCGUCUUCGGUUACAGGCGCUGCCCGUAUGUUUGCGGAGCGGCAAGCCGAUAUCGAUGUUGACAAGCAUACCUCGACACCAACCGCCAUCAUCGUGGGAGCGAUAGUUGGCACAUUGUGCGUUCUCGUCGUCGCAAUCGGGCUCAUUUGGGUCUACUUGAAACGAAGAAGGAACAUGGCCUCAUCGAAUCGACACCGCUCCCUUGAUCUUCUCGACACCCCUGCUGACAAGAACGCGUCAAAGAACAGAUUCUCGUUGUUCUUGGGCCGCGAUCGGCCGAUAUUGUCGUCAGAAAGUUCGGCUCUACAACUUGUCCCACCGGCCGCAGGCGAGCCUAUGUUCAAGGAAGACGGAGUGGACGAGAGCAAGAAGCCGAUGAUACCUUUAUAUCAUGGGAGUGGUCAGCAACUCUUCGUCUCUUGGGAUAGUGACCGUGGCUCUGUGAGCGAGUUGAGCGUGCACGCAUGA